AUGAAAGAAAGCGAUAGACAAAUAUUUUUUGAUGUCAAUGCUAUCCACAGCUCCACGGAAACAACAGAAGAGGACGAGAUAUCCGAUAUGUUUGAUGAAAGGAUGUUUAAUGACUCCCUUGGAGGAGGAGAUUUCAUUAAGCUUGAAGAGGAAUUAAAAAAGGUAAGGAGCAUCAAGAAACAAUAG